GGCUGAAAGCAGGAUUAGUCUGCACACCAGGGAGCAACCAUGGAGAGCAUUUGGAGCGCGUCCACAAUGCUAACGACUCUCCUUGUGCUCUUGUUAUCGGUAAUCGGCCAGACGGACGGUCAGAAAACUUAUAAGAAGGGAUAUCUUGAUCCAGCCUCGACGAAUUAUGUGCUGCUUGAUCCUGUUCCUGGGACAAAUCAGGCGCGGGCGUUUUGCCUCGCCAGAGGGGCCUGCCGGUAUAAGAUCCUCACAUGUCCCGAGCAAUGCCCCGAGAGGAAGCCUCAACGCAACAGGAAGGUGAAGGGCUGCUUCCUCGACUGCAGCAGCAAGUGUGAAGCCACUUGCAAGUUUAGAAAAGCCAGAUGCACGGGAUUCGGCUCUCUCUGCUACGAUCCUCGGUUUGUAGGUGGAGAUGGGGUGAUGUUCUACUUCCACGGUGCCAAGGGAGGAAACUUUGCGAUUGUCUCUGAUGAGAAACUCCACAUCAACGCCCACUUCAUUGGAACCCGGCCCCAAGGCAGAACCCGGGACUUCACUUGGGUCCAGGCACUGUCUGUCAUGUUUGACACCCACACCCUUGUGAUCGCUGCGAAGAGGGUCCAGCACUGGGACGAUAACCUCGACUCCCUUCUCGUUCAUUGGGAUGGCGAGGCUGUAAAUGUCCCCAUUGACGGGGAGGCCGAGUGGAGGGUGGAGACAGAAGAAAGAGUUGUAAAGGUUGAGAGGACUGACGACCUUAACACCAUAAGGGUGACAGUUUCCGGGCUCGUGGAGAUGGACAUAAACAUAAUGCCAAUUGGGGAAGAGGAGAACCGGGUCCACAACUAUCAAUUACCGUCGCACGAUGCUUUUGCCCAUCUGGAGAUGCAGUUCAGGUUCAAGAACCUAACAGAUCUCGUGGAAGGAGUCUUGGGCAAGACAUACAGGUCUGCAUAUGUUAGCCCGGUGAAGGUCGGGGUCCCAAUGCCGAUGAUGGGAGGAGAGGACAGGUACGAGACACCGACCCUGUACUCGCCUCUCUGCAAAGUCUGCAGAUUCCAGAGACCACUGUCCAAGCACCCGAGAACCGAAGGAGCUUCUCAGUACUGAUAAGAGAGACCAUCAAUCUAACAGGAGUCUGAUGUUUUGUUUUCUCCAAGGUUUCAACUAGCGAGCGCAGCCGUCUGUCUUAUGUAUGUGCUUAUAUAUGAUCUUGUUUUGAUCUUCUGCUUCAUGGGUUUGUGUGUAGAAAUAAAGGCCAAAGCUUGGCUAUUAUAAUAAGCUCAAAUACUUUCAGUCAGAUUAUGUAGUGUCAUAGUCAAACAUCAUUUAUGUUCUACCUUAUUGCUUAAUUCUUUGCAGCUUCUUACUCACUCAAAUCUUUCCUGUUCUUUCUCAUUGAU